UUUUGUACAUGGGAGUGCGAGGCUGGUGGAGAGCGAUGGCGGGCGUGGGGAGGAAGCGCGUCCUGAAGGAGGAGGACAUCUCCAAGGUGGAGUUCGAGACCAGCGAGGAGGUGGACGUCACCCCCACCUUCGACACCAUGGGGUUGCGGGAAGACCUGCUGCGGGGCAUCUACGCCUACGGCUUUGAGAAGCCAUCGGCUAUUCAGCAAAGGGCCAUUAAGCAAAUAAUUAAAGGAAGAGAUGUCAUUGCUCAAUCCCAGUCCGGAACAGGGAAGACAGCAACUUUCUGUGUGUCAGUGUUACAAUGCCUGGACAUUCAGGUUCGUGAGACCCAGGCUCUCAUACUGGCGCCAACACGGGAGCUGGCAGGGCAGAUACAGAAGGUGCUGCUCGCCCUCGGUGACUACAUGAACGUACAGUGCCACGCUUGUAUCGGAGGGACCAACGUUGGAGAAGAUAUCCGGAAGUUGGACUACGGGCAGCAUGUAGUUGCUGGGACUCCGGGCCGUGUAUUCGAUAUGAUACGGAGACGGAGUUUGAGGACUCGUGCCAUCAAAAUGUUGGUUCUGGAUGAAGCAGAUGAGAUGCUGAACAAAGGUUUUAAGGAGCAGAUCUAUGACGUGUACAGGUACUUGCCGCCGGCCACACAGGUGAUUCUCAUCAGCGCCACCCUUCCCCACGAGAUCCUGGAAAUGACCAACAAGUUCAUGACCGACCCCAUCCGAAUCUUGGUCAAACGUGAUGAGUUGACCUUGGAAGGAAUCAAACAGUUCUUUGUGGCAGUUGAAAGGGAGGAGUGGAAAUUUGAUACCCUGUGCGAUCUUUACGACACGCUGACCAUUACCCAGGCUGUCAUCUUCUGCAACACCAAGCGGAAGGUCGACUGGCUGACUGAGAAAAUGCGAGAGGCCAACUUCACGGUGUCCUCCAUGCACGGCGACAUGCCGCAGAAGGAAAGGGAGUCCAUCAUGAAGGAGUUCCGCUCUGGUGCCAGCCGGGUGCUCAUUUCCACAGACGUCUGGGCCAGAGGGUUGGACGUUCCCCAGGUGUCGCUGAUCAUAAACUACGACCUACCCAACAACAGAGAGCUCUACAUCCACAGGAUCGGCCGAUCUGGUCGUUACGGCCGCAAAGGCGUGGCCAUCAACUUUGUGAAGAACGACGACAUCCGUAUUCUGCGGGAUAUUGAACAGUACUACUCCACACAGAUCGAUGAGAUGCCCAUGAACGUUGCUGAUCUUAUAUAAGGGGAAUGGAAAGAGCAGAGGGUCUGAAUGACCAACGGAUCGCAUUUCUUUCGCUUCUGUAGAACAACCACUGGAUGAUGUAGAUCCAAAGAAAUUCUUCUGUUUUUCACACCUGAUGUUGGUUUCAGUACCCCCUCAUUUUGUAAAGUAAUGUUUUUGGUUUCUUUUGUAUGCAAGGGAUUGCUUGGAUUUUCUUUUACGACAUUGGUAAAUGCAUUUUAGUAUUGAAUCUGCAACUGUAACACUGUUUGUGGAUACCAUUUAACCAUUAAAGUUUGGUAUCAAUUUUCCUUCAA